AUGGGUAAAGAUAGGGCGGCUAGAAAACUUAAAAAUAUGGGCUUUCCCUGCACCUUUAAUGUCCCCAAUGUUGGUAGAAGUGGUGGUCUGGUUUUGGCUUGGAAAAAGGAAAUUCACCUGAACGUUAUCUCUUCCAGCUUGAGGGGUAUCUAUGUUACUUCAACUGACAUCAUUCAUUCAAAAACUUGUCAUAUUCACUUUGUUUAUGGAGAACCUAAUAGCACUCUAAGACCUUCCUUUUGGGAACAACAAUGCCAACAAAGUAACGCUCCCAUAGAUGAGCCUGUUUUCGUCAUUGGUGAUUUUAACACCCUUUUAGGAACAAAAGAUAAAAAUGGUGGCCUUGAAGUGAAUGAUUCUGAUUUUGAACAUCUUAGAAAUUUCUGUUCUGUUUUCAACCUGCAUGAUCCUGGUUUCUCUGGUCCAAGAUUCACUUGGUCCAAUAUGCAACAAGGUCCUGAUUUAAUUCUUGAAAGGCUUGAUAGGUGUUUUUUAAACCAAAUUGUUGAAAAUCUUUGUCCUAAAUUCUAUGUAAAUAAUCUCCCUAGGGACUCUUCUGAUCAUUGGCCCAUGCAUAUAGGAUUUAACUAUGAGGAUACUUGCAUGCCUAGACCUUUUCAUUUCAUGGCUAUGUGGAUUGAGGAUCCCACCAUUAGAGACAUUACAGCAAAUUCUUGGUCUGUUAAUGUUAUAGGAUCUCCAGCCUAUAAAUUAAGAGCUAAGCUUCUUAGUAGUAAAAAAGGCCUUAGAGAUUGGAACAAAUCUUCCUUUGGUAAUAUUCAAACUGAUAUAUCUACCAUUAGGAAAGAAUUGUUAGAUUUACAGAUUUCUGAUCCUACUGAUACUACUACAUCUGCUAGACUUAAAGCCAGAUUAGAAUACCUUUACACUCUGGAGGAACUCUAUUGGAAAGAUAAGUCUAGAGAGCCACAUCAAUUUCAGGAUGAAAUUUUGAAUGAUCUGCCUGUUAAAUUUUUUGUUGAGGAUAAUGAUAUCCUUAAUCUACCCCUUACUGCUGAGGAAAUAAAAAAUGUUGUCUUCCAAAUGGGAGGUAAAAAAGCCCCUGGACCAGAUGGUUUCACAGGCUUAUUCUACCAAAAAAAUUGGGACAUUGUUGGAGAAGCAAUUGUUGAUAUGACCCAAACCUGCUUUAGAACAGGGCAUAUUGCAAAAGUCUUCAGUCAUACCAAUAUUGCUCUUAUCCCUAAAGUCCCUUUAGCAGACAUAUCCCAAAAUCAAAGUGCCUUCAUUCCUAAGAGGAGUAUUUUUGAUAAUAUUCUUCUAGAAAAUGAAGCCAUAUAUUCUGUUAAUCACAAUGACAAAGUGGAGGGUACUGCUGCUAUCAAACUUGACAUGUCUAAAGCUUAUGAUAAAUUGGAGUGCCCUACGGGUUUUUUCCAACCUGAAAGAGGUCUAAGGCAAGGGGAUCCCCUAUCCCCUUACCUCUACGUUAUCUGUGCUGAGGCUCUCUCCUCUUAUAUAGAUAAUCUUCAAAGAAAUGGUACCCUGAGGGGUAUUAAAAAGUACUGCCUAACUUCUGGGCAAGAAAUUAAUUUUGAUAAGUCUGGUAUUUUAUUCAGUAGAAGAAUCCCUGAACAUAGGAAGGGCCUUUUGGCUAACAUUCUGGAGAUUCAAAGAAGAGAUUUAGGAGAAAAACAUCUUGGUACUCCUACUGUUUUUAAAGCUUCUAAAAUCCAAACCCAUAUGGGUAUUUUCCAAGCUGUGGAUGCCAGAAUCACUAUCUGGCUUCAUAAGAUCAUUUCUCAGGCUGCUAGAACUACUUUGGUUAAACAUAUUGGUCAAGCCAUUCCUUUAUUUCAGAUAGGGGAUUUCUUAAUCCCAAAACAUCUUUGCAGACAGAUGGAUGCUGACCUCUGCAAAUUUUGGUGGGGAGAGACUCUGGACCCAAAAGAUAGAAAACUUCACCUUUUGGGUUGGGAUAUCCUUUGCUCCCCUAAAGCUGAGGUGGUUUGGGUUUCAGAAAAGCUGAAAUAA